ACUCAUCUUUGAUUGUGAAAGUGUCAAGCUUUAUGAUAUAAAAUAUAAAACCGUAUCUCGGCUGGUUGCAGGAGUAUAACGAAAAGCUUUCUGAUUUUGGUUUGGCCAAGGAUGGGCCAAUGGGAGAUGAAAGUCACGUCUCUAGACGUGUCAUGGGUACACAUGGAUAUGCAGCUCAUGAGUACCUUGCAACCGGUAAGUCUCAAGUUCUUUCUUUUCUGGUCAAAUCUUUGUUUCUCUGGUUGGCUUUGUCUUAUGAGUGUUUAAAAAAUAGGUUUAGGCCUAGGCGGCAAAUUAGAUCUAAACAAAAUGAUUUUUCUAGACAUUUUAUUUGAAAAAUCGGUCUAGAUUUAAAAAAAAAUCAGUCUAGAUUUAAAAAAAAAUCGGUUUAGACGUCCGCCUAAACAAUAAUUUCUAUAAAGCGUCUAACCACUGUCUAGCGAUUUCGUGAACAUAGCUUAUGAUUAACCACUUUUGCAUUUUUUUCUUAGGUCAUCUAACAACAAAGAGUGAUGUCUAUAGCUUCGGGGUUGUACUUCUGGAGCUGUUGUCUGGUCGCCGAGCCAUGGACAGAAACAGACCAUCGGGAGAGAGGAACCUUGUGGAGUGGGCUAAACCGUACCUUGCAAACAAAAGAAAGAUAUUGAGAGUUGUGGAUAAUCGUCUUCAAGAUCAGUACUCUAUGGAAGAAGCAUGUAAAGUGGCUACUCUGUCUCUGAGGUGUCUAACAACAGAGAUUAAGCUUAGACCAAACAUGAAAGAAGUGGUUUCGCAGCUUGAACAUAUUCAGUCUCUAAAUGCUUCUAGAGGAGGGAAUGUGGAUUGGACGGAGAGAAGAGUGCGUAGGAGAAGUGACACUGUUGUUACCAAAAAACCUGAUGCUGGUUUUGUUCGACAGACUGCUGUGGGCUGCACAGUUGUUGCUUAUCCUCUCCCGUCUACCUCACCGCUGUAUGUCUGAAGAGUAGUAACACGUCUAUGUUCCUGAUAAAGCUUUUGUAGGACAUGAAGUUCUGAUAUCAUGUCAUAUGUAUGUGAUUCGGAUGUACAAUUGUCAUUGUUAAUUAAUGCAAGUUCGAAUGUUCUAUGCAGUCCAUGUAUGCUUACAGGACGAGAAACAAUUAAUUUGAUCUUUGUAACGUGAGGUCUUAUUGACACAAAGGAUAAGUUAGCUCUCAUGUCUGCUUAUUGAUAAUUGUGUUUCUUUCAGUUACAUGUAGAAAAUUAGAAUCAGUUAACAUUUACAGAAAACUAGGUUGGACGAUAUGAAUGAACCACAUGCAGGAAGCUCAGAAAGAAAAAUGUCGAGACACGACAAGCAAUCAAAAACGAAUGCAGUGAGCUAUCUAUAAACUCGUCCUAUCGUGUGUGUUGGACCUUUAAAUAAAAGACGUUCUGUGUUGGAUUAUGUUUGGCCUAAGGUGAAUUAAGUGCGUCAUUGGGCCUAAAUUUUUCUGUAGCUCGACAGCUUAAAACUAUUAAUUCAAAAAGUGAUGGGAUAGCUCUAGGGGUGGGCAAAAAACCCAAACCGAACCGAUCCAAACCGAACCAACCGAAGUUAAACCGAUCCAAACCAAACCGUGCUCUUUACAUAACCCAAUUGGUUCAUGUUUUACUCAACCCGAAUGGUUUGGUUUGGUUUGGGUUCAAACCGAACCAAACCAAACCGAACCAAACCAAUAAUACAAUAUAUUUUUAUCUAUAUAUAUAUAUAUAUAUAUAUAUAUAUGUGUUAACAUAUUGUAAAUUUUAGUUAAAAUUUUGUUUUCCAUUUUUUCUUAACUUCCAUAUAUUUUUAAAAAAUCCAAAUAUGAUUCAAAUAAUCCUAAUAGCUAAAGAUUGUACUGAAAACAAAACCUAAAAACUAUAAGCAUCUAAAUCGUAGCCAUGUCGUUUCGUUCAUCUUCUCCAAUUUUCAUUCUCUAAAUUAUGUAACAAAGUUAUUAUAGGAUCAAUAAAAACAAAAAAGUAGAUGCAAAUAGUCUUUUAGUUAAUAGGUUUUAGAAUGCUUACAAGUCUUUGUUACGCUAAUUAGAUUACAAAUAGUCUGCUCUUUGCUUAUUAUGUAUUUCUUCCUUUGACGUGGUUAAGAGUUUUGUCAUCGAACUUUAAAUUGUUUUUUGUUUCAUAGAUUUUUAAAGUAAACCAAACUAAAUCUAAAUCAAACCGAACUAAACCGAACCAAACUAAACCCAAACCAAACUCAAACCAAAGCUACUUUGGUUUUAAUUGGGUUGAGUUUUUUAAAACCCAAAUUAACCAAACCAAACCGAACCCAAACCGAACCCGAAACUAAACCGAUAUGCAUACCAAGUGUGUACAUAUUAAGGCAUAAGAGAAAUCGGCUAAUUCCUACGUCAACAGAGUCCAGUGGUCCCGAUCAGUACAUAAACACAUUGUGCAUAUACAUACAGUUAAUUCAAAUUUCAUACACGAAUUAACAGACUAAAUAACCAAACAAAACAAAAAAAAAUUCAAAUAUUUUUUUGAUUAGAAGUAAUAUUUAUGUGUUUAUGUAUUGAUCGGGACUGCUGGACUCUGUUGAGAUAUGAAUUAGCCGAUUUCCUCCGAGGCAUAAUAUGUGUUUGAAUAUUGAUAUCUUUAAUACCAAAAAUAAUUUCGCUUUUGUAAUCCAUAAACUAGUUAUGUACAGAUUAUAUACAAACACUUUUCAAAGUAUUAAGAUUUUUAUUAUACUUCUGAAAAUUUCGAAAACCCUAUAUGUGAAAAUAUUCAAAACUUGAUAAAUCUUUUGAAAACUUGUAAAAUUUUCCAAAAGCUUUCAGAAUUUUUCUGAAACUUCUCUAAUUUUCAUUUAUGAGCAGUAUUUUAUCAUCCAAAAUACUUGCUGCUUUUAUAAAUUUAUGUAGUUAAUUAGUAGAAUUCGUCAUCUAUGCAAACGCAGCAGAGUAGUUUAGAUAAUCAAGUUAGUAUACUAUAAUUAUAUAUUAUCUAAGAAAAUAUCUAACUAACUAAAUAGUUUUUUUUUUUUGUAAAUUUGACAUUUAAAACGGAUAAUGUAUGUAAACCGCAAUUUGAAAUUUGAUAAAAUUCAAUGAUUUUCUCUGCAUAUACAUAUCAACCAUACGAAUCAAAGAAUUUGUUAUAGACUGGUCCUCUUGUUCGGGGCAACAACAUUGGUCGACCAUUUCCGAGAGAUUACUCGUUCCUUCUUCUAUACUAUUAAUAUUUCCCUCCAUUUGCAAUUUUGCAUUAGAAAUAUUAUGUAUAGUUCUUUGGCCGGUGACAUUUUCAAAAGUUGACAUUCCCAGCUUUCGCUUUCGGUAUUCAUAAGAGGUUUUGUAACUUGCAAGUAUAUGUAUUUUGGUUCGAGGUAUAAUGUUUCAAAAUAAUUGUAGUUGCUAAGUUUGUUGUUUUGAAAACUGAGAGGCAGUCGAGAAUGGGGGCAACUCUAAACGGGCUUCUGUUUUAUGUGUGUGCGACUUUCUCCAUAAUUCAUCUUGCUCACUCUCAGAAUCAACAAGGUAUUGAUUGGUACCAUAUUUUAUCCCUUCUGUAUUAUUUUUUGUUCUUAUAAAUAUGUUAUUGGACAGUUACAAAGCCUUUAAUAAUUGUGAGAUUUUUAGAUAGAACGUUAUAAAAAAACACUAUAUAUCUCUUCCCGUUCUUACCAGGAUUCAUCAGCUUAGAUUGUGGAUUACCUUCUAAUGAGUCUCCUUACAACGAACCCUUUACCAAUCUGACAUACAUAUCUGACGCCAGUUUCGGCCACAGCGGAAAAACUGGUACCAUACACAAAGACUUGAAGACACACUUUAUGAAGCCAUAUACUGGUUUGAGAUACUUUCCAAAUGGAAUACGAAACUGUUAUAAUCUGAGCGUGAUGCAAGACACAAAGUAUCUGAUCAGGACUGUGUUCGUAUAUGGGAACUACGACGGUCUCAAUGCUUCUCCAAUAUUCGACCUCUAUCUCGGUCCUAAUAUUUGGACAACCGUAGAUGCGAAAUUAUCGGGUCUAGGUAUGGCUCAGGAGAUCAUUCACAUCACAAGAUCCAAUAUUUUGGAAAUAUGUCUUGUUAAGACAGGGACAAGUACACCACUAAUAUCAGCCCUGGAAUUAAGACCUGUCGGGUUUGUUGUCUCCAUCUUGAACUUGGGCUGAAGUGUCUGAAGCCCACAGAGAAGUGGAACAGGCCUCCAGAGUAUUUGUUGUACUGUGGCCCACGUCAGCUUCUAGGUUUUGUUUCAUAAAA